CCCAUUGAUUUGUCCAGGAAACAUCGAGGGCAAAUGCGCUGUAUUGGUUAGCAAGGGGAACUGGGCUUGCACUUAAACGAAUCUACAACAUCAGGUCGUUGAACAUUGCAGCGGUACUAGUUUUGAACUGGUUUUAGGAGAGUGACACUUCAAAACUGGACAUCAACCAAGCCCGGGUGAACAAGCGGGCACAAAGUGGACACAACCGGGGCAACGACUGUUUCGAGUCAGGGUGUGUGGGCAGCAGAGAGAGAGUUGUCUGGAGUAGAGGAUGAAGAGGUUCAGGAGACAUGGCCACGAGACCCAGAGAGAACGCCUCAAACAAGAGCUCUACCACUUCAACAAGACGGUGGAGCAUGGCUUCCCUCACCAGCCCAGCGCUCUGGGCUUCAGCCCCUCCCUGCAGCUGCUGGCCAUAGGAACACGCUCUGGAGCCAUCAAGCUGUAUGGGGCUCCAGGUGUAGAGUUCAUGGGUCUGCACGACGAGAACGCCACAGUAACACAGGUGCACUUCCUGCCACACCAGGUGGAACUGGUGACGCUGCUCGAUGACAACAGUCUCCACAUGUGGACGCUGAGGGCUCAUCAUGGCGUGUCUGAGCUGCUGGAGAUCGGACGCUUCACACUCACAGGACCACCGGGAGCCCCCCCCAGUGUGACGAGGGUGACGGCGGUGCUGGCCCACUCCUCCGGGGAGCUGCUGCUGCUGGGGACGGAGGGGGGCCACGUGUUUGUGGUGGAGGUGCCUGGCUUCAGGGAGCUGGAGGAGAGGAACAUCAGCCUGGAGAACGUCACCUCCAGUGUACCAGAAGACUACGUGGGCCGCAGAAGCCUGGAGCACGUGGAGUCUCUGCAGGAGAACCCCCUGAACCCCCAGCAGGUGCUCCUGGGCUACGGGCGAGGCCUCAUGGUGGUGUGGGACCUGGAGAAGCAGUGUGCCGUGCAGCACAUCCCCGCCACGCAGCAACUGGAGAGCGUGUGGUGGACCGAGGACGGCGGCCAUGUCCUGAGUUCCCAUAGCGACGGCAGCUACUGUCGGUGGACGGUGGGUGGGGAGGACACCGAGGAGGAGGAGGACAAGUCAGACACUCCCUAUGGUCACUUCCCCUGUAAGGCUAUCUCUAAGAUCAUCCAGCUACCCACAGAACAAGGGCCUCCCUUCCUACUGUUCAGCGGAGGCAUGCCCCGGGCCAGCUACGGCGACAGACACUGCAUCAGUGUGAUCCACAACAAGACCCACGUGGCGCUGGACUUCACUUCCAGGAUCAUCGACUACUUUGUCAUCCGAGACGGGCCCCGGCACACCGGUGACCCCAGUGCGCUGGUGGUGCUGGUGGAGGAGGAGCUGGUGGUGGUGGACCUCCAGACGGAGGGCUGGCCGGUGAUCCAGACCCCGUACCUGGUGCCCCUCCACUGCUCGGCCAUCACCUGCUCCCACCACGCCUCCGCCAUCCCCCUCAAGCUGUGGGAGAGGCUGCAGGCUGCCGGCCAGCUGCAGAACACUCACUACUCCCAGAAGCCGUGGCCAAUCACGGGAGGGCAGAACCUGGCUCCGGACUCUCCCCAGAGAGACCUGCUGCUCACUGGACACGAGGACGGGACGGUUCGUUUCUGGGACGCGUCGGGCGUGUGUCUGUACCCCAUGUACAAGCUGAGCACAGCAGGGGUGUUCCACACCGACGCCGACCCCAACGACAACAUGAACCAAGGCUCCGAGGGAGAGUGGCCCCCCUUCAGGAAGGUGGGCUGUUUCGACCCCUACAGCGACGACCCCCGCCUGGGCAUCCAGAAGAUCCACCUCUGCAAGUACAGUGGAUACCUGGCCGUCGCCGGCACCGCCGGACAGAUCCUGGUGUUGGAGCUGAACGACGAGGAGGCAGAACAGACUGUGGAAGCGAAGGUAGCUGACCUGCUGCAGGGGCAGGAAGGAUUCCGCUGGAAGGGCCACACCCGUCUGGACGUGAAGGAGGAGCCCGUCCUGUUCCCGGCAGGGUUCCAGCCCUGCUGCCUGGUGCAGUGCCAGCCCCCGGCCGUGGUCACGGCCCUCACCCUGCACUCUGACUGGAGGCUGCUGGCCUUCGGCACCAGCCACGGCUUCGGCCUCCAUGACUACCAGCAGAGGAACAUCGUCCUGGUCAGGUGCACCCUGAACCCCAGUGACCAGCUGGCCAUGGAGGGCCCUCUGUCCCGGGUGAAGAGCAUCAAGAAGUCCCUGCGCCAGUCCUUCAGGAGGAUCAGGAGGAGCAGGGUGUCCCUGCGCAAGCACCACGUCAACCAUGCCUCCAAGGUCUCUCUCUCACACUCACACACACACACACACUCCUACACACACACACACACACUAGCAAGCACGUACCGUGCCAAGAAAAUCAUUGCGAUGUUGACUCCUCCUCUUGUUCUUCUUCUCUGCCCCCAGGUGCAGGAGGCUAACGCUCGCCUGGAGGCGGAGCUGGCUGAGAUGGAGCUGGCUCCCGUCCAGAGGAAGAUCGAAGCCCGCUCCUCCGAUGACUCCUUCACCGGCCUCGUCCGCACGCUCUACUUUGCCGACACCUUCCUCUCCGACAGCUCCCACAGCACGCCCUCUCUGUGGGCAGGGACCAAUGGCGGCUCUGUAUUUGCCUACAUGCUCCGCCUCCCGCCUACGGAGCGCAGAACAGAGGACCCCGUCACGGCACAUCCUGCUAAGGAGAUCCAGCUGAUGCACCGGGCCCCGGUGGUGGGUCUGGCCGUGCUGGACGGCCGGGGCAGCCCCCUCCCCGAGCCCCUGGAGGUGGCCCACGACCUGGCCCGCUCGCCCGACAUGCAGGGCACACACCACCUGCUCGUCGUGUCUGAGGAGCAGUUCAAGGUUUUCAGCUUGCCAAAGGUGAGCGCCAAGAUGAAGCUGAAACUCACCGCCACCGACGGCUCGCGGGUGCGGCGCGUGGGCGUGGCCUGGUUUGUCAGCAGCCAAUCGGAGGACUACGGCGAGAGCGGCCUGGUGGUCCUGACCAACCAGGGGGACCUGCAGGUGGUGUCGCUGCCGGGCCUGAAGGUGCAGGUGCGCUACCCCUGCGUCCGCCGAGAAGACGUCAGUGGCAUCGCCUCCUGCGUGUUCACCAAGCACGGCCAGGGGUUCUAUCUCAUCUCUCCGUCCGAGUUUGAGCGCUUCUCCCUGUCGGCUCGCUGCGUGGUGGAGCCUCGCUCUCUGGUGGAGCUGCCUUCCUCCUCCUCCUCCUCCUCCUCGCCGCCCCAGCCCCGCGUGCAGCCCGACGGGGCGUCCGCCGAGCACAGAAACUCCAGGAGGAACAGUGAUGAUCCAGAGAGUGCUGCUAGGCGUAUUAUGGAGCAUGCUUUGCUGAAUGACGAGAGUGUGCUCCAGGAGAUCCAGAAGUCUCUAGAAGGAGACCACACGACGUUUUUGGAGAACAAUGUGAAGAGCUCUCUGUCUGGAGAGAAGUUGCUGAGCAAUGGAGACUAACGCAUUCCCCCCCAACCCCCCGUGCCUGAGGCGUGUUGGAGUCUUCCAGCCAUGCCCCCCCCCCCCCCCUCACCACGCCCACACUACUGCUACUACUACCACUACUGACCCCUGACCCUGCAGACCCCCUUCCUGCUCACACAAAGCCACUCCCCCAGCCCUGAGGCCUGCUGGCUGGGGGGACCCAGCCGUGGGUGGGACCUGUGUGAGGGGAAGCUGUUCGAGGUCCCUCGGUGUGCCUAUGGAGGGAACUACCACCACCUGUGCCUAAGUCAGCUGCUGUUACCUGGCGACCAGCGGAAGCUGCCUCCAAACCCCACAAAACACCAGAAGGAGAGGGGUUGUUUUUUAUCGGAAGCCAUUAAAUGACACGGACAUUCCACAGCGUGUAUCGUCCUGUAUCACUAUCAUGAUUUUAUUCUUUGUUUUUGUAAUUUUUUGUAAUUUAAUUUCUACCUGCGAUUAGCACCUGCUAUUUUAAAUUUGACUCGCUGAAACCUCAGAAACCUUGAAAACAUUCAGCGGGGUUUAUCCCAAGGAGCUGUUUAUUAAUGCUGACAAGACUUUGUUAGGGGCGAAAGAGCAAGCUCUGCGAACGACUACGAAGCCUUCCGGUGGUUUCCACCUGGAUGCAGAAGCAGACAGAUCCACAUCCAGAGUCCUCCAGCUAACCGCUAAGUCCUCUGUAGAGAACCGGUGAUGUGUGUAGUCAGCGAGAACGCCACGUCACAACAGACCCCCGCCUCUACCGUCCAUGCAUUGAACUGGUAUAACCUGUUAUAACCCGCUGUAGGUACUUCUUCCCCUGUUAUGAAGUUCACAAUGCUGUACUUUCUAGGGCAACAACUUCCUGUGGGCCUCGAGUUUUUUGGAAAAAAAAGUUUGUAUCUAAGCCUUUUUUUUAUGCCAGCUAUGAAUAUUGUAAUUUAGGAAUGUAAUUUUAAGAUAUUGUAGUCAAAUGUUUAAUAUAUAUGUAUAUGAAUCUGUGCUGACAGUGGGUCUAUUUUAACCGGGGUUGGCUGCAACAGUCUGAUCUUACAAGGAAAUAUUUUGGUACAUUUUUCCAAAAAUGCUGGGUAUUUUGUAGCAUCUUCGGCCUAGAAUAUAUUUUUGUAGUGAAUGUCAAGUAUGAGAACCCUAAUUUUUGAUUUGUAACUUCACACUACACUGUGUCCUGCUGGAACAUUACAAUGUUUUUUCACGAG